CAAUAACGUUGGUUAUAUCCUAACUUGAUUAAUAGAAUAUAAAUUAAUAUUGAUUAUAAUAUUAUCUAUAUAUAGGACGACUACCUUUGUGCGUUUCAUAUAAUAACAAUAAUUAACAUUAAGCAAGUUAACCCAAAUAUACCAAUAUGUCUGAAUUGCUUAUAUAUGGAUCUACUCACCGUGGAAACAAAACACUGACGUAUCAAGGUUAUAAAUACCUAAGACAUCGUACAACAACUAGUUCCGUCAUCCACUGGCAUUGCAUAAAACGGCCUACCCAAAACUGCAAAUCUAUCAUGCAUACAAAGGAGGAAAAAAUAGUCCAGCACCCUGGCGAACAUAAGUGCAAUCAAACCAAAUCAAAUCCAAAUCUACCAAAGAAUUCGAGUAAAGUUAGAAAUACCCAAAAGGUAGUCCAGACACAGCUGGAGGAAAACGCCAAAAGCGACCAAUCAACCCACCCCGUUGAAAAUAACCCCAACUCACAACUCGUACAGAAUGAGUUAAAAAGUACAACAGAUGUUUCCAAACAUACUAUGAUUCUUUCGAAAAAAGGCGAAGACUUGGAAAUGCGAACUGUUUUAAACAUAAAGCGAGAGAUGUUAACCGAGCUGGAGAAUUCUGAUAUAUCCAGAAAUACAUUAGAAAAUGAGGAACAUCCAGACGACAUUUUCACUGAGGAACCUGACACUUCAGUUACUAUGAUUAUGGACCAUGAGGUUGUGCGAGAUAGGGUGGAGGGAGCAGCAUGGACACCUUCGCUCGGCGAACCCAUGUUAACAUUUUCAGAGAAAGACGGACACCUGUCGCAAAUGCACACUGUUUUAAAUAUAAAGCGAGAGAUGUUAACUGAGCUGGAGAAUUCUGAUAUAUCCAGAAAUACUUUAGGAAAUGAGGAACAUCCAGACGACAUUUUCACUGAAGAACCUGACACUUCAGUCACUAUGAUUAUGGACCAUGAGGUUGUGCGAGAUAGGGUGGAGGGAGCAGCAUGGACACCUUCGCUCGGCGAACCCAUGUUAACUUUUUCAAAAAAAGACGGACACCUGGCGCAAAUGCACACUGUUUUAAAUAUAAAGCAAGAAAUGUUAAUUGGGCAAAAAACCAACCAAGAGUUGAGACAAGAACAGUUAGAUAUAAAGGGAGACGACUCACAGGAUGACGAGAGUAUCGAAGAGUUAGAUGAAGAUGAUAUUUUUCCUCCCACACCUGUGAGUAGUAGAAAGAGGAGAAGGAGCAUAUAUUCCGUUGACAAAGACAAAUUAUUUAAACUUCGAUUGCAUGUGGCAAAGUUAGAUAAGCAGAUAAAGGAAGAGGAACUAAAUUUGGUUAGGAUAAAGGCAAGAAACGAGGAGCAAUACCACGAAAUGAGAAUUAAAUUAAUGAACAAUGAAUUUAACAAUUGUUACUAUUAAUACUAUUAUUAUUAUAUUAUUAUAUUUUAAUAAAUUGACAUCCUAUUAUGAAUAUUUACAAAAUUGGAUUACAAUCAACAAUUAAGAUAAUAAAAUUUUUAAUAUAUAUAUGUUAGCUUACGUCAUCACCUUCAUCGAUGGACCGAUGCGACGUGCUCACAUCUAUUUAGACUAGUUUUGUUUUAUAAGCAAAUCUGAAGUAUUUGUUUACAUUUAAUAUUUGGGGCAGUUCUUAAGAAAGAACCAGGCAGUCAAGCUUUAGAUGUCGAGGGUUA